CUUGAUUUUUCUCAUCACUGCAGAGAGAGAGAGAGAGAGAGAGAGAGACGAGAGUGAGAGAGGGAGAGGGAGAUGGAAGCAGUGGCGGAGGGACUUUGGGGUUUGGCAGACUACCAUGAGAGUAAAGGGGAGAUAGGGAAGGCCGUGAAAUGCCUCGAAGCCAUUUGUCAGAGCCAGGUGUCGUUCUUCCCCAUCGUGGAGGUCAAGACUCGGCUUCGCAUCGCCACCCUCCUGCUGAAGCAUUCUCACAACGUCACUCACGCCAAAUCCCAUCUCGAGCGUUCGCAGCUGCUUCUGAAGUCGAUUCCAUCUUGCUUCGACCUGAAAUUCCGAGCCUAUAGCUUACUCAGCCAGUGUUACCAUCUCGUUGGCGCUAUUCCUCCCCUGAAACACAUUCUCAACAAGGCUCUUGACCUCACGACUUCUGCCGGUGCUGCCCACGAUCAGAUCUCAGUGAAGUUGUGGUCUUGCAACUUCAAUGCACAGCUUGCAAAUGCCUUGACUAUAGAAGGCGACUAUCAGAGUUCAAUAUCUGCCUUAGAGUGUGGUUAUGUCUGUGCAACCCAAAUUUCCUAUCCCGAGUUACAGAUGUUCUUUGCAACUUCCGUUCUGCAUGUGCACCUCAUGCAGUGGGAGGAUGAGAAUUUGGUUGAGCAAGCCGUUAAUAGAUGCGACCAUGUCUGGGAAUCAAUUGACCCGAACAAAAGACAGAAGUGCCUUGGUUUACUCUUCUACAAUGAGCUCCUGCAUCUAUUCUACCGAUUUCAUAUCUGCGACUACAAGAAUGCUGCACAACAUGUAGACAAAUUGGAUGCUGCUAUGAAGGCUGAUAUGCAGCAAACACGGCAUAUACAGGAGCUGACAAAGGAACUAAAUUCCUUAGGUCAAAGUCUAUCCCGAUCUGAUCUACACUACAGGGAUAGGUCUGCAUUGUCUGAAAAGCAAACUCAGCUUCAAGAGCGGCUAAGAAGUAUGACAAAUUUAAAUUCAAUGGGCAAGCAUUAUUUGGAGCCCACAUAUUUUGGAAAUGUGAGAGGGACAUCAGAAGAUAAGCUUGAGAUGGCACCACCUCCUAUUGAUGGUGAGUGGCUACCGAAAAGUGCUGUCUAUGCACUGGUUGAUCUGAUGGUGGUCAUUUUUGGACGUCCAAAGGGACUUUUUAAGGAGUGUGGAAAGCGAAUACAGUCUGGAAUGCAUACUAUCCAAGAGGAGCUGGGGAAGCUUGGAAUCACUGAAGGCGUGAGAGAAGUGGAUUUGCAACACUCUGCCAUUUGGAUGGCUGGAGUGUAUUUAAUGCUCCUUAUGCAGUUCCUUGAAAAUAAAGUAGCUAUAGAGCUCACACGGUCUGAAUUUGUUGACGCACAAGAGGCUUUGGUGCAAAUGAAAAAUUGGUACAUACGCUUUCCAACUAUCUUACAAGCUUGUGAAAGCAUCAUUCAGAUGCUGAGGGGGCAAUAUUCUCAUUAUGUAGGCUGCUAUAGUGAAGCAGCUUUUCAUUAUUUUGAAGCAGCAACGCUUACACAGAGCAAAUCAAUGCAAGCUAUGUACCAAAUAUAUGCAGCUGUCUCUUGCAUCUGCAUUGGCGAUGCUGAAUCAUCUUCCCAGGCACUUGAUUUGAUAGGACCGGUUUAUAGAAUGAUGGAUUCUUUUGUUGGAGUUAGAGAGAAAACUGGUGUGCUUUUUGCUUAUGGCCUUUUACUGAUGAAACAGCAGGAUCUACAGGAAGCAAGAAAUCGACUGGCCAAAGGACUGCAGAUGACACAUAAUCAUUUGGGGAAUCUUCAACUUGUAUCUCAGUAUUUGACAAUCCUAGGGAGUUUGGCACUUGUCCUGCAUGACACUGUACAGUCUAGAGAGAUAUUGAGAUCAUCCCUUACAUUGGCAAAGAAGCUUUAUGAUAUCCCAACUCAGAUUUGGGUGCUUUCUGUUUUGACAGCCUUAUAUCAGGAGUUAGAUGAGAGGGGAAAUGAAAUGGAAAAUGUUGAAUAUCACAGGAAAAAGGUAGAUGAGCUGCAAAAGAGACUUGCUGAUGCACAUUCAUCCAUUCAUCACAUUGAACUAAUUGACAAAGACAGACUUGGAGUUCAGCAAUUUCAUGAACUUGACAUCAAGCGUGCGAACGCUGGCCCUUCCAUGAGUGUCAAUCUUGACAUUCCAGAGUCUGUUGGUCUCUCCGCACCUACUCCUGCUCCAUCAUCAUCGCGGCUGGUGGAUUUAGACACUGGGAGACGUGGCAAGAGGAAAAUCUAGCUGACUCACAAAGAUUGUAGAGUAGACGGGCCAAACACGCGCCAGCAGCAACUGUCUAUACUAUUUGAAGUUAACGGGAUUUCAAGAACCUUUCAGGAAAGGGUCAGAAGUGUCUGUAUAUAAUCUGUCUAUACUACUCCAGGAGAUCAUUUUGUGUGUUAGGGAGAAAAUUAUACCAUGUACAUUCUCAAGCUAACUUGAGAAAAUAGGUGGCUUUAUAGAUUUUAGUGUAUCUCAAGAGAGAUCUUUAGGCCUGUUUAAAGCUCUAGUGUUGCCUUUAAAAUCUGGUUGGUGAGGCGACUUUUCAUGACUUCCCUUCCAAUUGGGGGUCUUAGGCAUGGACGUGUUCAUUUAUCCUAUUCCCGUAUUUUAUGUUUCA